CCCGGACUCCGUAGUCGCCGCUCAGAGUCCGUCUCUCUGCGGAUUCCCGGCCCCGCCGUUCUCAGAUCUCUGUAGCCCGCGGUUCGCCGCCCCGCUCGCCGCCGCGAUGCCGGUGUUUCAUACGCGCACGAUUGAGAGCAUUCUGGAGCCGGUCGCGCAGCAGAUCUCGCACCUGGUGAUCAUGCACGAGGAAGGCGAGGUGGACGGCAAAGCCAUCCCUGACCUCACCGCGCCUGUGGCCGCCGUGCAGGCGGCCGUCAGUAACCUCGUUCGGGUUGGAAAAGAGACUGUUCAAACCACUGAGGAUCAGAUUUUGAAGAGAGAUAUGCCACCAGCAUUUAUUAAGGUGGAGAAUGCUUGCACCAAGCUUGUCCAGGCAGCCCAGAUGCUUCAGUCAGACCCUUACUCAGUGCCUGCUCGAGAUUAUCUAAUUGAUGGAUCAAGGGGCAUCCUCUCCGGCACAUCAGACCUGCUCCUCACCUUCGACGAGGCUGAGGUUCGUAAAAUUAUUAGAGUUUGCAAAGGAAUUUUGGAAUAUCUUACAGUGGCAGAGGUGGUGGAAACUAUGGAAGAUUUGGUCACUUACACAAAGAAUCUUGGACCAGGAAUGACUAAGAUGGCCAAGAUGAUUGAUGAGAGGCAGCAGGAACUGACUCACCAGGAGCACCGAGUGAUGUUGGUGAACUCAAUGAACACUGUGAAAGAGUUGCUGCCAGUUCUCAUUUCAGCUAUGAAGAUUUUUGUAACAACUAAAAACUCAAAAAACCAAGGAAUUGAAGAAGCUUUGAAAAAUCGUAAUUUUACUGUAGAAAAGAUGAGUGCUGAAAUUAAUGAGAUCAUUCGUGUAUUACAACUCACUUCUUGGGACGAAGAUGCCUGGGCCAGCAAGGACACUGAAGCCAUGAAGAGAGCGUUGGCCUCCAUAGACUCCAAACUGAACCAGGCUAAAGGUUGGCUCCGUGACCCCAGUGCCUCCCCAGGUGAUGCUGGUGAACAGGCCAUCAGGCAGAUCUUAGAUGAAGCUGGAAAAGUUGGUGAACUCUGUGCGGGCAAAGAACGCAGGGAGAUCCUGGGAACCUGCAAAAUGCUAGGGCAGAUGACUGAUCAAGUGGCUGACCUCCGAGCCAGAGGACAAGGAGCCUCACCGGUGGCCAUGCAGAAAGCCCAGCAGGUGUCUCAGGGUCUGGAUGUGCUCACGGCAAAAGUGGAAAAUGCAGCCCGCAAGCUGGAAGCCAUGACCAACUCAAAGCAGAGCAUUGCGAAGAAGAUUGAUGCUGCUCAGAAUUGGCUUGCAGAUCCAAAUGGUGGACCAGAAGGAGAAGAACAGAUUCGAGGGGCUUUGGCUGAAGCUCGGAAAAUAGCAGAAUUGUGUGAUGAUCCUAAAGAGAGAGAUGACAUUCUACGUUCUCUUGGAGAAAUAUCUGCUCUGACUUCUAAACUAGCAGAUCUACGAAGACAGGGAAAAGGAGAUUGCCCAGAGGCCCGAGCAUUGGCCAAACAGGUGGCCACGGCCCUACAGAACUUGCAGACCAAAACCAACAAGGCAGUGGCCAACAGCAGACCUGCCAAAGCAGCUGUCCACCUUGAGGGCAAGAUUGAGCAGGCACAGCGGUGGAUUGAUAAUCCCACAGUGGAUGACCGGGGAGUUGGUCAAGCUGCCAUCCGAGGGCUUGUGGCCGAAGGUCAUCGUCUGGCAAAUGUCAUGAUGGGGCCUUAUCGCCAAGAUCUUCUUGCAAAGUGUGACCGAGUGGACCAGCUGACGGCCCAGCUGGCUGACCUGGCUGCCAGAGGGGAAGGGGAGAGUCCUCAGGCGAGAGCCCUUGCAUCUCAGCUCCAAGACUCUUUAAAGGAUCUGAAAGCCCGGAUGCAGGAGGCCAUGACUCAGGAGGUGUCAGAUGUUUUCAGUGAUACUACAACUCCCAUCAAGCUGUUGGCAGUGGCAGCCACUGCCCCUCCUGAUGCACCCAAUAGGGAAGAGGUAUUUGAUGAGAGGGCAGCUAACUUUGAAAACCAUUCAGGAAGGCUUGGGGCCACGGCAGAGAAGGCGGCUGCUGUUGGAACUGCUAAUAAAUCAACGGUGGAAGGCAUUCAGGCCUCAGUGAAGACAGCCCGAGAACUCACACCCCAGGUCGUCUCAGCGGCUCGCAUCUUACUUAGGAAUCCCGGAAAUCAAGCUGCUUAUGAACAUUUUGAGACCAUGAAGAACCAGUGGAUCGAUAAUGUUGAAAAAAUGACAGGGCUGGUGGACGAAGCCAUUGACACCAAAUCUCUGUUGGAUGCUUCCGAAGAAGCAAUUAAAAAAGACCUGGACAAGUGUAAAGUCGCCAUGGCCAAUAUUCAGCCUCAGAUGCUGGUCGCUGGGGCAACCAGCAUUGCUCGUCGGGCCAACCGGAUCCUGCUGGUUGCUAAGAGGGAGGUGGAGAACUCUGAGGAUCCCAAGUUCCGAGAGGCCGUGAAAGCCGCCUCUGACGAAUUGAGCAAAACCAUCUCCCCAAUGGUGGUGGAUGCAAAGGCUGUGGCAGGAAACAUUUCUGACCCUGGCCUGCAAAAGAGCUUCCUGGACUCGGGAUACCGGAUCCUGGGAGCAGUGGCCAAGGUCAGAGAAGCCUUCCAACCUCAGGAGCCUGACUUCCCGCCUCCUCCGCCAGACCUUGAACAGCUCCGACUGACAGAUGAGCUUGCUCCUCCCAAACCACCUCUGCCUGAGGGUGAGGUCCCUCCUCCCAGGCCCCCACCACCAGAGGAGAAGGAUGAAGAGUUCCCUGAGCAGAAAGCUGGGGAGGUGAUUAACCAGCCAAUGAUGAUGGCUGCCAGGCAGCUCCAUGAUGAAGCUCGCAAAUGGUCCAGUAAGUUCUCUGGAAACCGUUUGCUACUGGCGUAAGCGUCUUUCCUUUACUGUGAACAAGGCCGGUGCCGGAGGCUGAGAAUUCCCCCUUCUGUGGAGCUUGGUUCAUCUGACUCCUGGAGAGUAUCCAUUUUCUUUCCCAUCCUAGGCAAACUUUGGUUACUAAACCGGCUGAAGCUCAGUUGCCCAAGCCCUACUGCUCUUACUAACACUGUCCCUGUUUCUCACCCUUCCUGCCAUCGACAAAGCCGGGUAACCCAGCCGCUAAGGUGGGUAUAAGUGCUGUAGCUGAGGCAGAUGCGGCUGACGCUGUUGGGUCCCCUGUCCCCCCUGACAUGGAAGACGAUUACGAACCUGAGCUGCUGUUAAUGCCAUCCAGUCAGCCGGUCAACCAGCCCAUUCUGGCAGCGGCUCAGUCAUUGCAUCGGGAAGCUACCAAGUGGUCUAGUAAGGUACUGAUUAGCGCCCCCAGCUGGGGCUGCUCCAUAUGCAUCUGGCCAUGUGCAGCCUUGACACAUUGCAUCACUCAUGAUCUGUGCGGGUCCUGUGAGUCUGAGCCGGGCGGGCAUCUGUUUGUCUGCACCUUGUUGUUAGGACUGGCUUCACAAGUUUGAUAGGUCUGCUAAUGCCAGAUUAACUGGAUUGCAUUUAUGUUUGGGAGUUAGAGAUGGGGUCACUUUUUGAAAGGAUUCCUUUUCUUACUGACCUUGUGGCCCAUAUUGGAACCUUAAACCCCUUGGGAAGCCGUGGAUGCCUCUCAGUGACUUUCAGGUCAGGAAUCAUUGUAGACCAUUAAGAGGUCAUCUGGCCUGAUCACUGGACUUUGCCUGUCCCCCACCUAUGCCCCCUCCCCGCUGACCUCUCACUGUUGGCUCAGGCAGAGUUGAUCAGCGUGAGGAGUGUUUCUGGGGAGGGCUGCUUGCUGUCCUGCACUUGGGUGUGGGGCAGAUGCUCCCUUCAUGGGAGCCCAUGGGGAAGGGGGCUUCACUGACUGGCUUGUUCAGGGGUUUCAGUGGGAGAGGGGGUGUGAGUUGGGAUCAGAUAGCGCUCAAGUCUGCAGGACAGGAACCAACGGAGCUUUGGCCUUAGGGAGUGGGGGAUGGAGGCAAUCACUUUUUUCCCUUUGAAGGUGGCAUGUUGCAAGAAGAAAGGGUUUGAAGAGCGAUGGGUAAUAAAUAACUAACCCUGGCACUACACUGUCCUCUAACCAAGGUCAUGAAAUCCUGGAAUGAUCCCAGGUCUGCACUGGAAGAGGUGGGCCCAGCCAGCCUUGUCUAACAUACCCCUAUUCUCAUGAGUUCUUCCCAUGCCUGUGUUCUCUCUGGCCUCAACUGCUGCCCAAGAUGUUAUACACCCUCCACCGUAAAAGAUCAGCCACGUCAUGGUGCCUGUGGAGGUUUCUCACAGAGCACCCUGCAGUGGCAUGGUUUGUGUAUGUCUCACUGCAUUGUCUAGAAAUUGUAAAGCAUGAGGGGAAAAAUGUGUAGAGCCUGGCCUUUUAGGUAGUUUUGAACAUUGCAUUUGUUAUUUUUGGUUGUUAUCAGCC